AUGUCCCAACCACCAGACUCCAAGGAGCAACCUCCUUGUCGCUUUUUUGGUUACCCAAAACCGGUUGAAGGUCCCGAAAUCCCAUUCAAUAUGCCAGUCGAAGUGAAUCCAAUUCAGAGCGGUAUAGCUUUGGUUAUUCUAGGAUGGAUCGUUUCUAAAUUUGAUUUUGUUCAAAAAUUUAUUUACAAUAAUGCAGGCUUUACUGUGUUAAGAGAUCUUGACUUGGGAAACGCCACAGAGAGAAUGAAUCCUCUUGUUAUUCCACUUGCCAAUGAUUCGGAAGUUCCAUACGUUCCUGACCUUGACCGAUCUUCUUUUCAAGAUUUUCCCGGUCGUUAUCAUACAGUCGCAGAUUAUCACGAAAAGUAUCUUUCUGAAGAACUCACCCCUCUCGCAGUAUGUAAAUCUCUACUUCCACUCAUCCGUCGAGAUAUUGCUACACCAUCCCAUCAUGCCAUUUCUUUCAUCGCGACAAACUUUGAAUCCGUCCUAGAUGCUGCCGAAAAAUCAACAGCCCGUUAUGCGGCAGGCAAGUCACUUGGAUUACUCGACGGUAUUCCAACAGCUAUCAAAGAUACGACACAUAUAGCUGGAUAUCGAACAACCAACGGAAGAGCUGCAAGCAACGACCUCUUUCCAAUAUCAGAAACUUCUGAUUGGCCAAUUCAAAAAUUAGAAGAGUGUGGAGUAAUUAUCCUUGGUAAAACGAACAUGUACGAAUACGGCACCGACACCACAGGCUUAAAUCCAUACUGGGGAACUCCUCGGAAUCCACACAACCGAAAUUACUAUACAGGAGGCUCUUCAUCUGGUUCAGCUUACGCUGUAGCAGCCGGGUUGGUACCCUUCACUUUUGGAGCUGAUGGAGGAGGAAGUAUCCGUAUUCCCGCUGCUUUUUGCGGGAUUUAUGGAUUGAAACCUACGUAUGGUCGCCUAGAAGACACAUCAAGUACCGUUGUCGUCACUGGUCCCUUGGCAUCUUCAAUGAUGGACCUAGAAGCCAUGUAUCGAGUUCUUGCACAACCAGAUCCAUCCGAUUCAAUUUGCCAAUCUUUUGCGCCUCCAAGCAAAAUUCUUACUUCAAGUUUGCAGCCAAAAAUUAUAGGCAUCUAUAAGCCGUGGUUUGAGCGGUCCGAUGCUUCAGUUCUUGAGGUGUGCCAAAAAGCCAUAGAUUACUAUGAGAACCAACUGGGUUAUGAAGUAGUCGAUAUCGAACUGCCCUACAUACCCGAAGGACAAAAGGCCCAUGUUUCCACUAUCCUGGCCGAACUAGCCAUUCGUGCGCGUUCCAAUCAUCUUCCAGAUCGAAAACCUACCUCAACUUCAUGGCUUGCCGAUCUCAAUCCAGCAAACAAAAUAGCUCUUGGAGUUGGUUCACAGAUGACCGCUCAAGACUAUCUUCUCGCACAGCAAAUGCGUAAUAUCCUCAUGCAACAUCUGGCGUUUCUGUUCGAGAUAUAUCCGGGAUUACUCAUUGUGACCCCGACGUGCCCUAUGCCAGGAUGGGAUAUAAAGUCUGAAAGAGAUCUCAAAUAUGGUUCUACGAAUGGUAAUCUUACCUUUCGUAGUCUGGAAUAUGUGUGGAUUGCCAAUUUGUGUGGAAAUCCUGCGAUUAGUGUUCCUGUUGGAUAUGUUGAUCCCGUUGAGACGGCUGGUGAAGGGAAGGUUCCGAUCGGUCUUAUGGCAAUGAGUGAUUGGGGAUCAGAAGAUCAAUUGUUGGGAUGGGGUAGGGAGGCUGAGAUUUAUUUGAAUCAUGUUUAUGAAGGUGGCAGAAAGAGACCCAACGGGGAAGGCUGGGUUGAUGUCUUUAAGCUUGCAAGUAGCCAGAUGGAGACCGUCUCAUAA